UCUGAAGUUAAAUGUCAUCUCAAUCGAUUAAUGCUAUCAUGAAACAAACCUAGCAACAAAUUUCUUUUUGAUGGUACCCCAACUCUCUUGGUUCUUAUCGUCGCUCUUUCAUUUACCAUUCGUAAGGAUGUAGUAGUUUGAACCUUUAAACUAUCAAGCUUAACCUUUUUGUUACCUAUUCCAAUUUUUUUUUUUAAAACAAAAAACAAAUUGUUACCUAUUCCAAUUAAAAACAGUUACUAGUAUAAUUUUACACAUGACAUAAUCAUGCUAUAAAGUUACGAGUAAUAAUCUUAUGUGGAAGACUUCCUAGUGCAGUUGCCCAUAGGUCGCCUUGCAUCCUUACCCCGGCAUUGCUUGUCAAGUGUCUUGUGAUAGGAUCAUAGGAGCAGCCCAAUUAAACGCUUAACCCUACCGUAUUAAAAAAAUAAAAAAUCUUAAACUUAAUAUAUGUCGUCCUAAAAGCUAUAUAUAUCAUUUUCCAUUAAACAUCCUUGGCGAUUUCUGGACUUUGGAGAUGCCAUUGAAGUUGGACGCUUCCACCUUCCAAAUCGCAAAGAAAUGAUGCAGGAAGAACCCAACAAAGACGACGAAGAAGGACCCAGUUCUUCUACCUCCAACCCGAGCCCGAGCCCGAACCCAUGUCCCAUCUGCCUCGGACUCAUUACUCAAGACUCCUAUUUGGAUCGCUGCUUCCAUAAAUUUUGUUACAAUUGCAUAAUUCGUUGGACUCAAGUAGUUUCAAGCAGGUCUUCUUCAUUGCGCCAACCAUCCUCCGUUAAGUGCCCUUUAUGCAAGACCGAAAAUAUUUCAGUCAUCUAUGGAUAUGAUGGAAGUACAUUUCAACGGCAUUAUAUUGACCAAAAUAAUGGUAAUAGUGCCUUCUUUUCAAAGGAUCACAAGUAUAGACUACAGUGUUACUACACCAAAUCAGAAUCAGGUCUUUUAAGUGAUGCAUUUAAAGUGGAACGCUAUUGGAAGUCACACAAGUAUCUUCAGCCCAACAGCUGGCUUGAGAAAUGGUUGAAAAGGGAGUUACAAGCUCUCAUACAGGAAGAGGAUGUUGAAAUCAUAAUGCAUCACAUACUCGGGGUGAUUGAGUCAUUUUCAAGAAGCUAUCAUCCCAAAGGAAAAGCACAUUCCCUGCAUCAAAAGCAAGAAGAAUUUAAGAUAUUAGUUGUUGAUGCCGCAUUGCCUUUCCUUACGGCUAGGACUAAGCGGUUUGCUGAUGAACUGGAGUUAUUUCUCGCCUCAGGUCUAACUGUCGAGGCCUAUGAUAGAGCUUAUAGAAAGUGUUUAGGCUGGAAGAAGCCUGAGGAAACCACGGAGGAUGAUGAACAAACUAGCACAGAGCGUGAACCAAUAGCUCCAUACCUAUAUUUUUUUGAUGAUGACUCAGAUGAUGCUGAUUGGACAGAAGAUAAACAUUAAUAGCACUUGGCUAUUUCAUCAUGUAACUCAACCAGUUUUCUCUGCUAUUUUGUGAUGCAGAAAUACAUAUCUUCUUUUACAACUAGUUUUAUUUAUUUUUCUUUUUGUUAUGCUAUUGUGCAGUUUAAUUGGUUAGUUGUAUCAUUGUACUAUUUGAAGAUGAACUAUUGGAUUUUCGCUUUUAUUGUUCAAUAUAAAAACUCGGUAAUAUUCUUUGAGGUUU